GGGAACAAGUUGGUCAAUCUGCUCUCAAUGGUCUUACCAAUGCUCUUCCAGGCAUUCUCAUUGGUGCCCUCAGUCUUUUCGGCAAACGCGAAGCUGUUGAUGCUCGUAUCAACCUCAAUGAUAUCCUUGCUUUGGCUGACAAACUCCAAUUACAACAAUUCAUCCCACAAAUUACCCAAUUCUUGAGCUCAGACAAACUUCAACAAUUACAAAACCAAUUCUUCGCCACAGUCGUCGCUGCUGCUGGUAACCACUGGAAUCCAGCCACACUCGGUCAAGCUAUUCAACAAAUCGUCACCCAAUUCGUUCCACAACUCCGUCAAAUGCGUAUCGAUUGGGAAGAACUUGGUCAAUCUGCUCUCAAUGGUCUCGCCACUGCUCUUCCAAGCAUUCUCAUGGGUGCUCUCAGUCUUUUCGGCAAACGCGAAGCUGUUGAUGCUCGUAUCAACCUCAAUGACAUCCUUGCCUUAGCUGACAAACUCCAAUUACAACAAUUCAUCCCACAAGUCGCCCAAUUCUUGAGCUCAGACAAACUUCAACAAUUACAAAACCAAUUCUUCGCCACCGUUGUUGCCGCUGCUGGUAACAACUGGAAUCCAGCUACACUCGGUCAAGCGAUUCAACAAAUCGUCACCCAAUUCGUUCCACAACUCCGCCAAAUGCGUAUUGAUUGGGAACAAGUUGGUCAAUCUGCUCUCAAUGGUCUUACCAAUGCUCUUCCAGGCAUUCUCAUUGGUGCCCUCAGUCUUUUCGGCAAACGCGAAGCUGUUGAUGCUCGUAUCAACCUC